UCUUGUGAGCAUGAAGUCGUGUGUGUAUUUUUUGUGUGUGUGCAUGUGGGGUUUCGUGUUUCAUCAGCACACACAUAUACGCAAACUCACGCACACACACAUUUGGGGGGUGGGAGGUGUGUUCAUGGGAGGGACGGAUGCUCCAGCCGGGGAGCAGAGCCUCAGUCUGGGCAGCCAGGAGGAGGAGGAGCGGCGCUUUCUGCCUCCCCAUCAGCGCCACCACCAGCAGCUUCUGUCGCGUUCAGGACACCCCGUGCCGCGAGACUUGUCUGCAGGAAAAAAGAAGCUCUGCAAAUCAAAUUUGGAAAAAAAGAAAGCAGAUUUGAGAGGAAGCUGGAGAGAGGUCCGACCUAAGCGGCGGCAUGGAGCAGAGGUGCGCGCGCGUUUCCCCGCGGAGGCAGGGCUUUGGGAUGUGAUGUUUGACGGGCGCGGAGAGAUGCUGUGAGCUCUGGUAUUAGCAGCCAGCUGUGCACCGAGCCACUCUCUCUCCAUCCCUCCCUCCCUCCCUCCUUAGCCAGCAUCGUUGCUCCUCUUGCGCCGAUCAUUCGUUGAAACCCGGGGAUCGGCUCCACACGGCUCGCUUCUCACACCACGGCUUGCGUCCUGCACGGGGAUUUGGCACGACUAGAGCAAUGUUUCUAUUCUGGAAGAAAACCACUGGAUUAAGAAAAUUUCAAGAGUCUCUGCAAGGUCUGCGGUUUUAAUGACACUGGGGGCCGCCUUCAGGCAAAGGUUCAUUGUGCUAGGCUCAUCAACCCUGCAUUACCAGCCAACUUUCUCUUUUGCCCAAUGAGAAAAACGGUCCACUGGAUUCCCAUCCAUGGUUACUGUCCUAAUCAAGACUGUACUAUCCUAUAUUGAAAAGAUUUGCAAAGGAAUGUUUACAAAGAAAUUGGCAAAUCCAAUAAAGAAGAAAGAAAGAAGUGAAAAUAAAGAGCCCAAACUAACUGCUGAUUUGCAAGCACAAAAUCUGACUUUGUCUACCACUCUGAAGACAACAGUUAAAAAGAUUUCCAAAUGCUCUUCGGCACGUAACAUAUCGCUUGAAGAAGACGACGGAAAGAACGACUGUUCUUCCUUAUCGCCCACUUUCAGUUAUCGUGUAGCCAUCGCAAAUGGACUUCCAAGAAACUCUCCAUUUUUGAAUAAUGACAGUAUAUUUCCAGAGGUCCUUUCUAUUGACAGUAGCUACUCUGACUUCCUGAGUGAGACAAAACCUAUCAGGAGAUUGGAUGAACAUAAAUCACACACUAUGCCAGUGAGACGAAACAGGAAGAGCCUCAUCAGCUUGGCUCCUUCUGAUGGCAGUUCUGAGGGUGAACGAGGGGAGCGUUCAAGUUUACACACACUUAGGUUAGGUGCUUUACGCAAGUUAAGGAAAUGGAAAAAGAGCCAAGAAUGUGUCUCUUCAGACUCCGAGGUGAGCAACUGGAGGAAAACUCUUGGGAUCCGCAGCAAAUCUUUGGACCGUGCUGGACGACAGCAAAAGAGUUCAACUCUAGAACCUGGGUCUUCUUCAACAGGUUGCAUCAGUCAGACACAGGAUGUAAUGGAAAUGAUUUUCAAGGAACUUCAAGGAAUCAGCCAGAUAGAGACAGAACUAUCUGAACUUCGUGGCCAUGUCAAUGCCCUAAAGAGCUCCAUUGAUGAGAUAUCCAGUAGUGUAGAAGUAGUGCAAAGUGAGAUUGAACAACUUCGCUCAGGAUUUGUCCAAUCCAGGAGGGAAACACGUGACAUUCAUGACUAUAUCAAACAAAUUAGCUAUCAGGCAAACAACUCAACCUUAAGGUUUCUCAAUGUACCUGAAGAAAGAUCAGAAAAAACAGAAGGUUUAAUAUACAAGAUUCUGAAAGACAAGAUGGGUUUUAUAGAUGCCCACAAAACAAUAAAAAUUGAGCUUGCUCACAGGUUAGGGCAGCAAAGAGAAUGUUCCAAUGCAAAACCCCGCCCAAUUAUUGUCAUUUUUGCCACAACACAAGACAGAGAUAUAGUGCUGAAGAAAUGCUACAAACUCAAAGGAACAGGAAUUACAGUUUCAACUGACAGUCUAACUCAUGACGGAAAAGAGAGAAAAGACAAAACAAUGUCAUUCUCACAAACCUACGAAAGCAUGGAUAUAAAGGUGUCAGGAAAGGAUAAAGUAGUGGAAAGCGAUGACUGGGAUUCGAUGGACAGUGAUAAAGAACUCGAUGAAUUAAGUAGAAAUAAAUAUGCAAUGGUCAUUUCAAAGCCUGUUCACAAAAGUAAAUCAGAGAAGAGGAGACAUCAUGACCAUGGCAGGUCAGGAGACGAAGCAGGCUUCUCAGGCACAGUUCACUAUGCUGAUGACACUUACUAUGAUCCAGAGAAGCAUGCAAAGGCUUACUACUCUGAUUUGACACCAGGUUGGCUUUCUCAGAGCGACUAUUCAACCCCAAAACUUAGCCGCUCAGAAUCUGAUUGCUCAAAACUUUGCCAAUCAUACUCAGAAGACUUUUCAGAAAGUCAAUACUUUACACGGGCAAAUGGCUGUUCUUUAUUAUCCUCAUCAGAUCAGGAGCUGUGGCAGAGAAAACAAGAGGACAUGGCUUCUUCUUGGUAUGCUAGCUCCAGUCAUCCUGACAAUCAAACCUAUGAACACAACGAGGCUGAGACAACAGAAACCAUUGAUAGUGGGGUUAGCAAUGGACUCGUCUGUAUGUCUGGAGAUAGAAGCCACUAUAGUGGCUCCCAGGUGUCUUUACAAGGUGAUCUAUCACCAUGGAAAGACUGGCAUCAUCUGGAGCAGGGAGCUGACUCUGGCUUAGAGGCUUCAAUAGAGGUUAGCAGCCCUUUUGACCCAUCAACCAUUCCUGGUUUUCCCGAAAACAUCACCAAAUGUCAAGAGGUUGAUUUGCAGUUUGAAGGGGAUGAAGAAUUCAUGAUGCUGGACAGAGAAUCUUCUUUACCACCUAUUACCACCCACAUUAUCCCUCCUAUCACAGAGAGGGAAUUGGUCAAAGGCUCUAUACGGCAGUCUAAAGAGGGUUGUAAGGUAACCGCAAAGGAAAACACAAAGAUAACUUCUAAAGAUGCCCCUAAAGUUGCCACUAAAGGGACACAUAAACAAAGUAAACUUGCUUCCAAAGAAGAAGCUACAGAUAUAUUACCAAAGGAAAGUCCAAAGGUUUCAGCUAAAAUUUCAACUAAAGUGGCAGCUAAACCAGCUCCUAAAGAGUUACCUAAAGAGAUGCCAAUUUCAGCUGUGAAGGAAAGCCCUCGAACAGUCCUCAAAGAGACUUCCAAAAUCCCACCUAAGGAAACCGCAAAGCCUAGUGUUAAAGAAGUAUCUAAAAUAGCACCAAAAGUGAGUUCAAGUGAGGCAGUAAAGGUCACUUCUAAAGCUGUCCCAAAAGAUAGCCCUAUAAUGACACCUAGAGAAAGUCCUAAACAGUCACCCAAGGAGAGCCCUAAAAUAACUCCAGUUGACACUCCUGUUUUGACCCCUGACUCAACUCCUAAAGAAUCACCUAAAGAAUCUCCUAAAGCUGUUGCUAAAGAGCCACUACAGGUUACACCAAAAGAAAGUGUAAAAAUUCCUGCUAAAGAGGUUACCAAAGAAGCUUCAAAACAAGUCCCAAAAGAAGUUGUAAAACAAGUCAACAAAGAACCUACAAAAGAGUCAUCUAAAGUUGUAACUGGAGAGGUGCCCAAAAUACCCACAAAAGAAGUUUCUAAGAUUCCGCCUAAAGAAGGCCCAAUAGUGACCCCUAAAGAGACUCCUAAAGCAACUCCAACACCACCUACUGCAGUAACACCAAAAGUAGCCUCUAAAGAUAUUUCAAAGGAUGUCCCCAAAACAGCUCCCAGUGAAAAAUUUCCUGAACUGGAUGUCAAUCAUAGCUUUCACCAGGCCCCGAGCAAGUCCUCUAGCAUGUACCGCAGUCAGAGUGAGAUACGAACAGAAAAGGUGGAGGAAGUUCCCAAGUCUUGGAGCAGUAGACUUAGUAUUGACUUGAGUGAAAAGUCAUUUGGAUUUGGUUUUGGGUCCACUCUACAGAGAGCCAAGUCAGCUCUGGAGGUAGUUUGGAAGUCUGGCGCACAGACUCCUCCUGUUCCUAUUGAGGAACCAACAAACUCUUCAUCCACAUUUAUGGGGCGCUUUCGUACUUUAUCCACUUCUACUGCAAACAACUCCAGUAAUAAAGCAGAAACAGAUGUUCACAUUGAGUCAGUACCCUAUCAGAAAGAGGAAGAUAAAAUGGGUGAUGAAGUUGAGCAACCAGUUGACAACGAGACUCACUAUGUUGAAGUUAUGGAACAGGUAUUAGCUAACCUGGAGAACAGGACUAAUGCUAAUGAGACUGAAGAGGAAGAUGUGCUUGCACAAGAGUGUGAGAUUUCUCAGGACAAUGUAUCCGAUGACAUAGAGACUUUUCAAGACAAUGAUGAUUCUCAGGGUAAAGAGACUUGUCAAGAUGUUGAAGCCCCAACUGAAUACAAAGAAAUCAAAGAGGCAAAUGUUCUGGAGUAUGAUUGCAGUUUGGAUGAGCAGUAUGAUGAAGAGCACAGUGAGGACUAUGAUGCCCAGCUUACUGAGGACACAGCAGAAUAUGAUGCAAUGGUUGAAUAUGUAGAUGUUGAAGAACAAGAUGAAACGGAGGACAAUGAUGUGACAGAGGAGAUGGAAGAGGGUGAUGAGCUCCAGGAGGAGUUAGAGGAAGUAGAGGAAAUAACAGAAGAGACUUUUGAGGUGGCUGAAAAAGUAGAAGAAAAGGAAGAGGACGAAAAUAAAAAUGUACCAGAGGAAAAGCCCGUUGAAGCACCACCCAAGAAGCGCAUCCGACCCACAUUCAAGGAAGCUGCGCUGAGGGCCUACAGAAAACAGAUGGCUGAACUGGAGCAACAGAUUCUGGCAGGAGACACCAGCGCUUUGGAUACCCAGCCCCGCAGUAUUUUGGAUCCCAAAGUGCUCGGUUUGCAGUCUGGAGGGGCUGGCAGCAUUCUUUAUGGUAUUGACAGCAUGCCAGAUUUACGCCGCAAGAGGACAGUGCCUUUUGUCCGAGACCUGGCCUUGACCCUCGCUGCUCGAAAGGCAGGCAUCUCGUUUGCUAAACUACAUGUCUUUAAGAAGACUCUCCAGGCCUUGAUUUACCCGAUUUCAUCCACAACACCCCAUAAUUUUGAAGUUUGGACGGCAACGGCUCCCACCUACUGCCAUGAGUGUGAGGGCCUCCUGUGGGGCAUCGCCCGCCAGGGCAUGCGCUGCUCAGAGUGUGGCGUUAAAUGCCAUGAAAAGUGCCAGGACCUGCUCAACGCAGAUUGCUUACAAAGGGCUGUGGAGAAGAGCUCCAAGCACGGCGCAGAAGACAAGACCCAGAAUAUCAUCAUGGCAAUGAAGGAGCGCAUGAAGAUAAGGGAGAAAAAUCGACCUGAAGUGUUUGAGCUGAUCCAGGAAAUGUUCCACAUCUCCAAAGAGGACUUUGCCACCCACCUGAAGACAGCCAAGCAGGCUGUGCUGGAGGGGACCUCCAAGUGGUCUGCCAAAAUCAGCAUAACAGUCUUGUGUGCCCAAGGUUUGCAGGCCAAGGAUAAGACGGGCUCCAGUGAUCCUUACGUCACGGUCCAGGUGGGGAAGACCAAACGCAGGACCAAGACCAUCUUCGGCAACCUUAACCCUGUUUGGAAUGAGAAGUUCUUAUUUGAAUGUCACAAUGCAACCGACCGCAUAAAGGUGCGCGUGUGGGAUGAGGACGAUGACAUCAAGUCACGGGUGAAGCAACAUUUCAAGCGGGAAUCCGAUGACUUCCUGGGACAGACCAUAAUCGAGGUUCGCACGCUCAGUGGAGAAAUGGACGUUUGGUACAAUCUUGAUAAAAGAACGGACAAGUCUGCAGUAUCUGGUGCCAUCAGACUCAAGAUCAGUGUUGAAAUGAAAGGAGAGGAGAACGUGGUUCCUCCGCACGGCCAGUACACCUGUUUGCAUGAGAAUCUGUUCCACUACCUGACUGAGAUGAAGAACAGCGGCGUGGUGAAGAUCCCGCAGGUGAAAGGCGAGGAUGCAUGGAAGGUCUACUUUGACGACAUCUCCCAGGAGAUAGUGGAUGAAUUCGCCAUGAGAUACGGAGUGGAGUCCAUCUAUCAGGCUAUGACGCAUUUCUCUUGUCUCUCUGCCAAAUACAUGUGUCCUAGUGUGCCAGCAGUGAUGAGUAACCUGCUUGCGAAUAUCAACGCCUACUUUGCUCACACGACAACAAGCACUACAACCACGGCCUCCGCCUCCGACCGAUUUGCCGCCUCCAACUUCGGGAGGGAGAAAUUCGUCAAACUGCUGGACCAGCUGCAUAACUCAUUGAGGAUUGACCUUUCCAAGUACCGGGAUAACUUCCCUGCAGGAAACCCAGAAAGGCUCCAAGAUCUCAAAUCCACCGUCGAUCUGCUGACAAGCAUCACCUUCUUCAGGAUGAAGGUUCAAGAGCUGCAGAGCCCACCGAGAGCCAGCAUGGUGGUGAAGGACUGCGUCAAAGCGUGUCUGGACUCUACAUACAGAUACAUUUUUGACAACUGCCAUGAACUGUACAACCAGCUCCUCGAUCAGAGCCGAAAGCAAGACCUUCCCAGAGAGGAGCAAGGCCCAUCCAUCAAAAACUUGGACUUCUGGCCAAAAGUCAUCACUCUCAUGGUGUCAGUAAUCGAUGAAGACCGCACAGCCUACACUCCAGUCGUUAACCAGUUUCCACAGGAAGUGAAUGUGGGCAAGAUCAGCGCUGAGAUCAUGUGGAACCUCUUUGCCCAGGAUAUGAAGUAUGCAAUGGAAGAGCACGACAAGCACCGCCUAUGCAAAAGCACCGAAUACAUGAAUCUUCACUUCAAGGUCAAAUGGUUUCAUAAUGAGUACGUCCGUGACCUGCCGGCCUUCAAGGGGGUUCCACCUGAGUAUUCUUUAUGGUUUGAGCCUUUUGUCAUCCAGUGGCUUGAUGAGAAUGAAGAUGUCGCCAUGGACUUCCUCAAUGGAGCUCUAGAAAGGGACAAGAAAGAUGGCUUCCAGCAAACCUCGGAGCACGCCCUCUUCUCCUGUUCAGUGGUGGAUGUGUUCACUCAGCUAAACCAGAGCUUUGAGAUCAUCAAAAAGCUGGAGUGCCCAAACCCACAGGCUCUGGCUCACUUCAUGUGCCGCUUUGCAAAGACUAUCAACAAAGUUCUUCUGCAGUACGCUGCAAUCAUUUCCAAGGACUUUCCCAUGUAUUUAAAUAAGGAAAAUGUGCCCUGCAUCAUCCUCAAUAACAUACAGCAGCUUCGUGUGCAACUGGAAAAGAUGUUUGAGUCAAUGGGCGGCAAGCAGGAGGAGGGGGUUGUGUCCUUCUGUAAGCUGGAUGCAGAGGCCAGCGAUCUCCUGAAGGAGCUGCAGAACAAACUCAACACCGUGCUGGACGAGCUCAGCGGAGUGUUCGGCUCCAGUUUUAAACCAGUGAUUGAGGACUGCGUGAAACAGAUGAACCAGGAGCUUGUUCAGAUGAAAGGACCCGCCAAAGGGAGCAACGCCGCCUUGGACGCCGAGUCUGUCCUUCGGCCUCUUAUGGAUCUUCUCGAUAAAAACUUGAUGCUAUUUGCCAAGAUCUGUGAGAAGACCGUGCUGAAGCGAGUUCUCAAAGAGCUGUGGAAAAUAGUGCUCAACACCAUCGAGAAAACGAUCGUUCUGCCUCCACUGAGCGACCAGAGCCAACAGGGAGCUCAGAUGAUUUUCAGUGCUGCCAAGGACCUGGGUCAGCUGUCCAAACUGAAGGAGCAUGUCAUUCGAGAGGAGGCCAGAAGCCUGACCCCACGCCAGUGUGCUGCGAUGGAUCUAGUGCUUCCCACUAUCAAGCAAUACUUCCAUGCUGGAGGAAACGGGCUGAAGAAAACCUUCCUGGAAAAGAGCCCCGAUAUGAAAUCCCUCAAAUAUGCGCUCAGCCUUUACACUCAACCUACAGAUGCCUUGAUCAAGAAAUAUAUAUGCACCCAAACCUCUCAAGCUCAAUCAUCCAGUGGAUCAGUGGGGGAGUUGUCAAUGCAAGUGAAUCUCAUCUCUCACCCUGGCACCGGAGAGCACAAAGUCAGCGUGAAAGUGAUCGGGGUGAACAACCUCAGCUGGCAGACCAACGCCAUGUUCCGCCCCUUUGUUGAAGUCAAUGCCAUCGGUCCACACUUGGCUGACAAGAAGCGCAAAUUUAGCACCAAGACCAAGAACAACAACUGGUCACCAAAGUAUAAUGAGCUAUUCCAGUAUGUUCUGAGUAACGAACAUGGUCCAGAGGUCUACGAGCUCCACGUUUCGGUAAAGGACUACUGCUUUGCCCGGGAAGACCGCAUCAUCGGCAUGACGGUCAUCCAGCUCAAGGAGCUCGCGGACAAAGGCAGCUGCUCGGCCAACUACCCUCUUGUACGGAGCAUUUCUAUGGAUGAAACGGGCCUCACAAUCAUGAGGAUACUCUCUCAAAGGACCCACGAUGAAGUGGCCAAAGAGUUUGUGCGCCUCAAGACAGACACACGCUCAACGGAGGAAGUCUCAUAAGCGGAGCAAAAAAAACAAAAAAAAAACAAAAAGGGGUGUUUUAGGAGGAGUUGUCUUGGAAACGGGGUGUGAUGGGGCUGAGAGGAAGCGGUAGCAGAUGUUUUGCUGGAAGGAGCAGAAUGAUUGUCCAAAGAGAAGCAAAGGAGGCCCAACAGUGGCGAGGCAGCAAGAGUGAGAGUUGUGUUUGUUUGUUUUUGUGCAUGUGCGUAAAACAUCUGUUGGAAUGUUCAUUUUAAAACUACAGUAUGUACAAGUGUUUACUUACCGUAUGCUUACUAUUAAGUACUAUAUUCUACCAGUUAUGUUUAUGAGACAUGAUACUUUUUGUACAACAUUUAGUCUUUUUGAACAGAGAUUUGUUCCAAUAAAGUGCCAAACCAGUGGAAAAAAAAGAUCUAAACGUAUAUGAAUUAUGGUGAAGUUUGUAUGUUUGAAAUUUGCUUGAUUAUUUUGUCCGGUGUUAGUCAUUUUCUGACCGUGUGGCGUUUUGAUCGUUGCGAAGUCGUUCAUUUUGCACCCGUUUUUUCUGGCUUCAUGUUCUUCCUCUCUGCACUGUUGUGCAUGUCCUCCUCUGUGUCACGUCUCUCCCAUGAUGAGCGCCCAGCAGGGUCCUGUCCCCUUGCCUUCAGACCGUUUGUAUUCCGAGUCGACCUGAAAAUAGACCAUGUUUUUUGAAAUGGCGAUGACUGCUAUGUAAACCUUCAUAGGUCUUUGUAAUUUUAUAAUCAUUACAAAAAACGACAACAGUGUUCAGUGCUAACAGUCUUAGCAGAAAAAGCAGAAAGUUUAGUCUGUUUUUCUUAUGUUCUUUUCUUUUUCUCUCAGCUUCCAGCCUUUCUGAAUGACCACUGUGAACAUGACAGUUUAAAACUUUUAUUUCAUAUUUUUUGAUUACUUUGUUCCUGAUAAACUGCCAAAGUUAUUUCAAACGCACCGUGUCAUACACUCAGACAAGCAUUCACACAAAUGUGUUUGAUUACAUGUUCAGUGUUUGAUUGUCCAGAGGGAUCUACAGAGAUUUUGAUUUCCUGUGAAGCUGUUAUUGACAUUAAAGUUGCACAUAUUCAUUUGUACAUGGGUUCUACCAGCUUCAUCAAUGGAAUUAUUUUUCUUCAUUAAGGAAAGAGUUUAACAUUCAGUAAAUAUGCAACAUUCCUAUGUAUUGCACUGAUGGCGAAUUGUAUGUCAUGUAAAUAUAGUGAGAUAUUGUACAAAAGUCUACUUUUCUUCUAUGUGCAUAAAGUAUGUUAACGUGUUGAAA